AUGUCUCCUCCAUCUACAGUCCUCAUCACUGGUGGAAACCGUGGAAUCGGCCAAGGCCUCGUCAAGACAUUCCUUGCUCGACCAUCCCUCACCGUCAUUGUUGGCGUCCGCGAUCCCUCCCACCCAACUUCCAAAGCUCUCCACGAUCUGCCAGUAGGCAAGGGCUCUAAGCUCAUCAUCGUCAAGCUUGACUCCAGCGUCCCUUCCGAUGCUGCCGCGGCCGUUGCUACACUCAAAGCCGAUCCCGGCAUUGACUCCCUCGACAUCGUCAUCGCCAAUGCCGGGAUCGCAAGUGAUGGCGGUCUAGUUCGUGACACAACCGUCGACAAUAUCAAGAAGCACUUUGAGGUCAACACCAUCGGCCCUGUUGUUCUCUUUCAAGCCGUCGCAGACCUCCUGCAGGCCAGCAAGACCGGAAAUCCUCUCUUCGUUGCUAUUUCAACCCUCCUUGGCUCUAUGGGCUCCAUGGAACACUUGGUAGCACUACCUCCUUCCAGUAGCCCGUAUGGUGGUAGUAAGGCUGCACUAAACUGGUUCAUUCGACGCCUUCACUUCGAAGAGCCUUGGCUCACUAGUUUUGUCAUCCACCCUGGCCUGGUGGAGACCGAAAUGGCGGCUGCUACUUUUGGCGAGCAGCUUUCCGCCUAUGGAGCCAUCACUAUCGAGACCAGUGUCAAGUCAUUGGUCAACGUUAUUGACAAGGCUGGUAAAGAACUCAGUGGAACAUUUCAAAACUUCGAUGGCACGCCAGUCGCUUGGUAG